UUGUAGCAGUCGACCCCGCGGUUACGUGCAGCACAUUUUUCUCACUGAGUCAAAAUUAAAGUGAGUCGACCCGUGAGUUGACAACCUUGCUCUCUCCCCAUUCAGUCCGUUUUUCUUUCCUUUUAUCCCCUAAGAAGAGAAGAAACGUUUCGGUUUCAGGGUCAUCAGUCCCACACGAGAGCAAUCUGAUUCCACUCUGCUUGCUUCCCGCGAAAAAAUGACGGCCAAGCAAGCACUGCAAUCGUAUUAUCUACCAGUCAUCGCAAGAACAACCACGACAGUCAGAAGCAAACCCACUUUGCUAUUGUCAUGCAACAAAUUGCCAGGUUCAUCGCCGCUCUUCUUUCAGGCUACUUCUUCGCUUCCUUCCAGGUCAGCCGUGGCGAAAUGCAGCGGCGGCGAUAAUUUGAAGGAUGCGCUCAGCGGGAUGGUGGGGAAGCAAGUAGAGGAACUACUGGGGAAAGAAGAGAACAAAGGGCUGCUGGAUGAAUUGGAGAAGGCUUCAGAGAGAGUAGAAAUCGCAAGAAGAGAGCUAGCAGAGAUUGAAAGACAGGAGCUUGAGUCUAAACAAGUUAGGGAGUAUGUAAACCAGCUUGAAACCAGAGCUUCCGAGAUCGAAGAAUGUCUGCAAGAGAUCUCCGCGGCAAAAUCCUUGGUAGAAGAAGCAGAGAGAUCCCUGUCAGCAGGUGGUUCACAGAAUGAAGCAAGUGAGAAAGAUAAAGAGAGAAUAGACUCCAUAAAGGCAGCCGGAGUAUGUGCACUUGUUGGGACACUGGCUGGGCUCCCUGUUUCUUUAGCACAGGUGACUAGUUACGAGCAGCUGUUGCUUCCACUGGCAGUAACCUUCUUUAGCUGUGCAUUGUUUGGAGUAACCUUCCGAUAUGCAGUGCGAAGAGAUUUAGAUGAUUCCAACCUCAAGACAGGGGCCAUUGCUGCAUUUGGCUUCGUGAAAGGGCUUGGUAGGCUUUCUGGAGGAGCACCAUUGGAACUCAACCCAGGAAGCAUCUUGUCUCAUGGUAUCGAUGGUGCAGUAUAUGUAUCGCAGAGCGUGCUGGUGUUCGGCUUUGCUGCUGUUAGUCUGGAUUACUGCUUCAAGGUAGGGCUGAUAAGUCCAUUUCCUUUGAAAGCAUCUCCUUCAGAAAACAAGGCAGAGUAAGCACAAAGCUCCAAGCAUUCUGUGAAACUGGUAGCUUUUGAUGAGACCCACAGAUGGAGAAAAGCAAGUUCUCUUGUUAUGGAGAAAGAGUGACAGUAUGUAGAAAAUCAAUCUGCCAUUAACCA